UAAUAAAAAAUACGCAAAAAACUAUUAGUUAAUUAAAUUAUACAUAUUAUAUUUGUAGUAAUACUUUAAAAUCAAACAAUGAAAUUCUUUGUCUUUGUUGUGUUCGCGAUCACAGUGUUUAUAUACGGUGUAAAGGCAGAUGAAUUAGAUUGCACAAGACCUAAUGAAGAGUAUCAGUGUGGAUCUGCUUGUCAAACAACAUGUUCAAACCUAGGACAACCUUGUCCAAUAGUAAAUAUUAGAUGUAAUGAUGCUUGCUACUGCAUUGAUGGUUACGCCCGAAAAAGAGAUGAUAAUUCAGAAUGUAUUCCAAUCUCAAAAUGUAGAAAAUUUUCGAUUAUGGGAAUGAUUAUGGGAAUAUGGCAUGCUAGACGAAGAUAUGAAUUAGAUUGCACAAGACCUAAUGAAGAGUAUCAGUGUGGAUCUGCUUGUCAAACAACAUGUUCAAACUUAGGACAACCUUGUCCAAUAGUAAAUAUUAAAUGUAAUGAUGCUUGCUACUGCGAGGAAGGUUACGCCCGAAAAGGAGAUGAUAAUUCAGAAUGUAUUCCAAUCUCAGAUUGUAGUAGCGAAUAA